CUCCUUUCUCGUCUCUCAUACAUAUGCACAUCCUUCCCCACCCCCCAUCUCUCUUCUCUCUCUGGAUUCCAUUGUCCGAAUUUUUUUUUGCGUUUGAUACCAAAUCUGUUGAGGCCAAAAUGUCAUUCUCGGAUUCCGAUUCGUCCUCUCAUGGCGGAGCCACAGAGUACAAAACUUUCCGGCAGAUCAGCCGUGACCGAUUAUUGUAUGAAAUGCUUGGCUCAACGAAAACAGGGGAUUCAAAAUCAACUUGGAAGGUACUCAUCAUGGAUAAAGUUACUGUCAAAGUCAUGUCUCACUCGUGUAAUAUGGCAGACAUUACAGACCAAGGAGUUUCACUGGUCGAAGACCUCUUCAGGAGAAGGCAACCCUUGCCAUCCAUGGAUGUUAUUUAUUUCAUCCAGCCCUCAAAAGAAAAUGUUGUCAUGUUUUUGUCUGACAUGUCUGGAAGGGAGCCUUUAUACAAAAAGGCGUUUGUAUUUUUCAGUUCACCAAUCCCAAAGGAACUUGUAAAUCACAUCAAGAGUGAUACAAGUGUUGUACCCCGCAUAGGUGCAUUGAGAGAGAUGAAUUUGGAGUAUUUUCCUAUAGAUAACCAGGCUUUUAUCACUGAUCAUGAUAGAGCAUUGGAAGAACUUUUUGGUGAUGUUGAAAACCCUCGCAAGUUUGAGGCUUGCUUGAACGUGAUGGCAACUCGACUUGCUACAGUGUUUGCUUCAUUGAAAGAGCUUCCAUUUGUGCGGUUUCGUACUGCCAAGGCACUUGAUGACUCUCCAACAUCAACAUUUCGUGAUUUAGUUCCUACAAAGCUUGCUGCAGCAGUUUGGAACUGUAUUUCAAUGUAUAAAUCUACCAUUCCCAACUUUCCACAGACUGAAACGUGCGAGCUUCUCAUCUUGGGUAGAUCUGUUGAUCAGAUUGCUCCCGUCAUACAUGAAUGGACUUAUGAUGCAAUGUGCCAUGAUCUGUUGGAUAUGGAUGGAAAUAAAUAUACAUACGAGGUUCCUAGCAAAACAGGUGGUCAAACUGAAAGAAAGGAGGUUCUUAUGGAAGACCAUGAUCCAAUCUGGCUCGAGCUUCGCCAUGCACAUAUAGCAGAUGCUAGUGAACGUUUGCAUGAGAAGAUGACCAAUUUCGUAUCAAAGAACAAAGCUGCCCAAAUCCAACAAAGUGGAAGGGAUGGAAGCGAAUUAUCUACACGAGACUUGCAGAAAAUGGUUCAAGCUUUACCGCAAUACACUGAGCAAGUUGAAAAGAUUUCUCUCCAUGUGGAGAUUGCAGGAAAAAUUAACAGAAUCAUCAGAGAAACGGGACUUCGAGAGCUUGGGCAACUAGAGCAGGAUCUAGUUUUUGGAGAUGCGGGAGCCAAGGAUGUGAUCAAUUUUCUGAGGACAAAGCAGACUGAAACUCCUGAAAAUAAGUUGCGUUUAUUAAUGAUUUAUGCAACUGUCUAUCCUGAGAAGUUCAUUGGUGACAGAGGUUUAAAGCUAAUGCAGCUGGCAAGAUUAUCACGCGAGGACAUGAAGGUGGUAAAUAAUAUGCAAUUGAUUGGGGGAUCAUCAGAUGAUAAAAAGACAACUGGUAGCUUCUCACUCAAGUUCAAUACCCAGAAGACAAAGCAAGCAACAAGAAAAGAUCGCUCUAGUGAGGAAGAAACAUGGCAGCUAUCCCGAUUUUAUCCCAUGGUAGAGGAGCUUAUUGAAAAUCUAAGUAAAGGUGAGUUACCAAAAAAUGAAUUCUCAUGUAUCAAUGAGGCAAGUCCAACUGUUCAAGGAGACUCGCAGAGAGCUGCCCAGAGAGCACCGGUAGGUCAAGCUUCUGCUCCUUAUUCAAUGAGAUCGAAACGGACUGCAAAUUGGGCACAAAGUCGUCAUUCUGACGAUGGAUACUCUAGUGACUCAACUUUAAGAAUUGCAUCCACUGAUUUCAAGAAAAUGGGGCGACGUAUUUUUGUAUUUAUUAUUGGUGGGGCAACUCGAUCCGAGCUACGAGUUUGUCACAAGCUCACAACAAAACUCAGAAGGGAAGUAGUCCUUGGUUCUUCUAGUAUCGAUGACCCUCCUCAAUAUAUUACGAAACUGAAGCUGCUCUCGGAAAGAGAUCUCUCAAUGGAUAGUCUCAAAAUCUAACCAAAAAAUAGGCUCGUGCUUAAAACCAGCAGGUUAGUUGUUGGCUCUCUCUCUCUCCUUGCAAUUUUUAUUCAAUAUUAGAAAUGCAGUGCUUGUUGAUACAUGGGAGAGCUGCACAAUGCUUCUUGUUUUGGUUUUUUUACCCCCUACAGAAUCAUGGCCUGACACGCGAUGGAAAAUGUUAACCAGUUCAGUAAUGCUUUGUGCUUUUUCCUCAAAAACUGUGGCCUUCUCGUGGUGGCAAAGAGACAUCAUGAUGAGAAGGGUGGCUUGUUCCAACCUUUCUAACCGAGUGCGUUCUACUGCAGAGCAUUCAAAAAUAUCGAGUCAAUUGUGUUGCAGGAGCAUUUGAAUCUGCGUUUCUUACACCUGUAUAUGAAACUUUCCUUUUAGCUUCACGUUU